AUGUUUCAGCUGGAUGCGGUCGCUUUAUACGAGAUGUUUGGCUCGAAGGAUGCGCAGCUGGUUUUGUACGACGAAGACAAUGUAGCAAUUUUAACUGUGCAAGAUGCUACCAAGCACAAGGAUGCGGUUUUGGGUUCAUCCUUCGACAUGGCACGUGUUCAGCAUCUAUGCGGUGAUCAUGGACUUGAUUUCCAUUCUCGAAUGGCCGCUACUCCUUCUGGCGUUGCUCGGGUCCUUGGAUAUGUUCGAGAGGGCAGGCAUGGGCCAAGCUCUAGAUAUGAAGAUCGGCAAAAAUUCAAGUCAAAAUCUGAUGCCGAAACCCACGUCGAUGAUUUUGAAGAAAAGAUCGAGAAAGCUGGAAAGUACAUUCAACUUUUGAAGACGUCGCAUCCUAAUAUUUCACGACGACAAAAGGAGGCUGAUAACGCAUUCGAAGAUGGCAAAAAGAAAAACGUUGAUUAUCUCCACUUGAAGGAGUUUCUCUCAAGAACUGGAGACCGAUUUCUCUGA